AUGACUCACAAUGGAGCGGCAGAAAUACCGAACAAGACAACGGUGGUCUCUGAGUUCAUCCUUGUGGGUUUCACCCACAUCCGAUGGCUGCAGAUCCUCCUCUUCUGGCUUCUCCUUCUCACUUACCUUUUAACCAUCCUGGGAAACCUUCUCAUCAUCUACAUCACUCUAGUCGACCAUCGCCUCCAGACCCCCAUGUACUUUUUCCUCAGGAACUUCUCUUUCUUGGAAAUAGGAUUCACUUCUUUUGCCAUCCCUAAAGCUUUGUUUAACUUGGCCUCGGGCAACAACACCAUUUCUCUUGCUGGCUGUUUCACACAGUCCUUUUUCUAUUUCAUUUUGGCCACCACUGAAUUCUUUAUUCUGGCCACAAUGUCCUUUGACCGGUAUGUGGCCAUCUGCAACCCCCUCCGUUACACAACCAUCAUGAAUAGCCACUUCUGCACACAAUUAGUGGCAGGUUCUUGGACUGUCAGCUUCCUUUAUCUCAUUAUGCCUCUUAUUCUGUUGUUUCGUUUGCCCUUCUGUGGUCCAAACAUCAUCAAUCACUUCUUCUGUGACAACAUGCCACUGAUCAAGCUUGCUUGCACUAAUACCCAAUUCCUUGAACUGCUGGAUUUUCUCUUGGCCACCUUUACCGUCCUGGGGACUUUAGCCAUCACAAUCAUUUCCUACAUUAAAAUCAUUGUUGCUGUCAUGCACAUCCCUUCCAGAACGGGCAGGCAAAAGGCCUUCUCCACUUAUGAUAAAGAUGAUAAACUGAGAGAAAAGAAAGACAGGGGAAAAACACGGGACUUGGAAGAAAACGUUGUUCAUCCUUUGUUACCAUUGUGGAUGCUGCCCAAUUAA